UCCAUUUAAUUCUACGUAGCAAUCUCCGAUGGCGCUCUGCAACUUCCACAACACGCUCCUCUCCUCCUAUUCUUCCUCUUUUUCUCCUCUGUCGCCAUUUCUUAAACCUCCAAAUGCUCUCAGAUUCUUCACCAAAUUCUCCACCUCUCCUUUCUCUCUGCGCGCCCUCAACUCGUCUAACAACGACAAUCCCACCGGGGAAAGCGCCGGCGGCGAAGCUGGCCCGAGAAGGAUUUCCAAGCAAUCCUCCUGGGAGGCCAAGGACUCCGAGGGAAGGGACUAUCUGUACAGGCUGGGGAAAGAGGCUGAUAACAUGAAUAUCGCGGUUGGGGCUAGGUCUGGCAUCAUUGAUGAUCUUUUUGUUGGGAAUUUUCUCGGCCGAGACUCGGAUAUUGUGUUUGAUUACCGACAAAAAGUGACUCGCUCAUUUGAGUAUCUUCAAGGGGAUUACUACAUUGCUCCUGUCUUCAUGGAUAAAGUUGUGUGCCACAUUGUGAAGAACUACAUUGCUCAUCUUCUCAACACCAAAGUACCUCUAAUACUAGGCAUUUGGGGAGGAAAAGGUCAGGGAAAAUCAUUUCAAACAGAACUUAUUUUCCAGGCCAUGGGAAUAGAACCUGUCAUUAUGUCUGCUGGGGAACUGGAAUCAGAAAGAGCCGGAGAACCAGGGAAAUUGAUACGGGAACGGUAUAGAACAGCUUCUCAAGUGGUCCAGAACCAAGGGAAGAUGAGCUGUUUAAUGAUCAAUGACAUUGAUGCUGGCAUUGGGAGAUUUGGAAACACUCAAGUGACAGUCAACAAUCAAAUUGCUGUUGGGACUCUGAUGAAUUUGUCAGAUAAUCCUACAAGAGUCAGUAUUGGACAAGAUUGGCGAGAAACUGACAUUACGAAUAGAGUUCCUAUAAUUGUUACAGGAAAUGAUUUUUCAACAAUCUAUGCUCCCUUGAUUCGUGAUGGAAGGAUGGACAAGUUCUACUGGCAGCCUACCCAUGAAGAUAUCAUAAAUAUUGUCCAUAGGAUGUAUGAGAAAGAUGGCAUAUCUAGGGAUGCAGUUGUAAGAAUUGUGGACACAUUUCCUAAUCAAGCUUUGGAUUUUUAUGGAGCUCUUAGGUCCCGAACAUAUGAUCGGUCAAUCUCCAAGUGGGUGGAUGAUAUUGGAGGUCUUGAAAAUCUCGGAAACAAACUCCUCAGGAGAAGGAAGGAUGAAGAACUUCCUGUGUUUGUUCCACCGAAGCAAACUAUUGAUGCUUUACUUGAGUCUGGCUACUCUCUCAUCAAAGAACAGCAGUUGAUAAUGGAGACCAAACUUUCAAAAGAAUACAUGAAGAACAUUGAUGACUAGGAAAAAUAGGAUGCAGCUUUGGAAAGUGUUAUUAGGUGAGUUUAAUAUUUUCAAUUUGUAGUUUAUGCAUAAAAAUUAUCGGCCAUUGGAUGAUGUCGCCACUCUAAAAUGGUCUGAUGAAAAUAGUUCAUGAACAAGGAACCUGAUCUGUAUGUAUAGAAAUGUUAAAUGUAAGCUUCCUCCUGUUUUUUGCUCACAGAAAAAAAAAAAAAAAAAGGUUGGCAUUUUGUUGAA